AGUUCAUCUCCCCAAAAAGCAGCGCCACGAAUGCGAGUUAGGAGGCCAGCUAUGUACGCCUUCGUUGCCUUCCAUGAAGGGCCUUCUCAGCCUUAUCACUCCUCAGCUCAGUAACUCCCACCUCACAUUUGAGUACUAGGCCACCGUCCCUCCACACCAUUUCUACGACUUUUGAAACCUUGGAAAGCUCACACUCGCUCGUACACCCUUGGACGCCAUGCCUGUAUAUCAUGGCAUAUACUCAACUAUCUCUGCUUGUCGCGCUUAGUUUUGUUGCAAGAUCGUUGCAAGAGAACCCUAUCAUCGACUUUUGUCGGCGAUGGGGUCAUCGAACCGCCCAGGUUGAUGGAAGGCUGUACAUUGACGGUGGCAUGGUAGGGUACAAUCAGCAACCGUCGAAUUACUCCAACCAAUGGCUUUUGUUUAGCGACCUCAACUCUACACCUCAAGAUCCGAGUAAUAUGCCGGUGCAAUACGCGAACCUCUCGAAGCCUGCCAACGUACCCAGCGUAUCAGGUGGAUACCUUUGGGCGGAUGAGACAAACAAAUGCUUUUACCAAUUCGGAGGAGAGUAUCAAGCAGGGAGCCCCCCCAUGGACUUCAGCCUGUGGACAUACGAUGUACUGCUUAACCAGUGGAAUACCACAAAAUAUACAACCAGUGAGAAGAAUCUACAAAGACUCUCUUUCGGGGCUGGAACGCAAGUCGAGAGCCUUGGGCUAGGGUAUUACUAUGGAGGCUGGCUCAAUAAUCGAACAACACCGAAAUGGACAGGACCAGAGUUGGCCACGGGCCACAUGGUCGAGUUCGACUUCACGAAGGGAGUUCUGAAGAAUAUCACUGGACCGGAUGAUGUUGGAAGAGCUGAGGGUCAACUGAUUUCCCUGCCCGCGUCGGAUAAGGGCGUGCUCGUUUAUUUUGGUGGCAUUGAAGACCCAUCCCACAAUGGGAGCUCUGUUGCGGCAAACAUGACUAAGAUCCACAUAUACGAUAUAGCUUCGGGACGAUGGUAUUCUCAAACCGCAUCAGGGGAUACUCCUCUCUCUCGGCGUCAAUUUUGCGCCGAUGUAACAUGGGCGGACGACAAAUCCUCUUUCAACAUCUACCUGUACGGUGGAUAUGGAUUUGGUGACCGCGCUGCGUUCAAUGACGUCUAUAUCCUUUCCCUUCCAUCAUUCAAAUGGAUUAAGGGCUAUCCGCUGGAUGGAGCUGAUGCUGUUCCUGACCCAGCUGGCCAUGGUGGUUGCAGUGCCAAUGUCAUCCAUCGCAAUCAGAUGCUGGUAAUCGGCGGCUGGUUCCGAGAUCCAACCCAUACUGACUGUGACGCGCCAAACGCGCAAGGUCAGCAUAACAUGAUCCUAGGUAACAAUACCGAGAGAAAGUUCAUCUGGGACAAUUUCGAUCCUAAACUUUCGACGUAUGUCGUACCCCCAGUCAUUAUCUCUGCAAUUGGAGGAGGGCCUACUGGUGGCGCAACAGUUACUGCACCCCCUACAUGGGAUCACCCGGAUCUCAAGAACUACUAUAAACUCCGCCCUACUUUCGUUGCCCGAUCCGCAACCCGCGUAAUCCCUUCAACCACUGUCUCCCCACCGUCUAAUAACUCAGCACCUACUGGCUCCGGAAAGAUGAAUGUCGGUGCAAUUGCAGGGGGAACAGUUGGAGGUCUCACUGUGUUGAUCGCCAUAUUGUGCCUUAUUCUAUUUUGUCUUCGCCGUCGGAAGAAAGGCCUUAAGGAGGCAAGAGCCCAAAGCGAACCAGCCCCUCCGCCACCUGCUGAACUUGCCGUUACUACAGUCCCACAUGAGAUGUCAACGCAAAAUAACAGCAAGUACGUCUCAGUCCACGAGCAACCAGAUUCCAUUCAUACCAGCUACUCCGGAGUCGUUCCAUUGCAGUCACGAUCCGCUAGCCAUGACUACGCUUCUGCGUACGCUAGCCAAAUGCCACCAUCGUAUGGAGCUGCGCCGCUCUCCACAGCAGCAACGUAUGGUGUAACUAAUGACAUUGGGUACGUUCAGCAAUCACCUCGCCAGCAGAACAAUGCCGAACUCUUCUUCCCGGACAAUGGAGCUACUCCUAACACACCUCCCACUUCAUGGGACCAAAGCGCGUAUCCACCCCAAUCUGAACCAGCACCACAACGUCAGUAUUCAUACCCAGCGCCUACAUCUCCAUUACAGCAGUCUACUGCUCCCGUUCCGCAACAGAGUCAGGUCUACUACCCCCCACCUACCGAUCCAACAGCGCGAUCCCAGCAUUCUCUUCCUGAUCCAGGAGGUAGCCCGACUGGUACACAGUACAGCGGUGAGACGCAACACAGGAAUUCUCCAUAUUUCAGUAAUAUGAAUACACCUGCACAGUUCUAUGUGCAGCCUGUUCCUCUUGCGUCUCCAGGAGUGAGUGAUGGGAGAUUACGUAAUCCUAUUGAGCGAAGGUCUGUGCAGGGCAGGUUCAGAGAAGCGGGACAUGUGUGAGCGGGAAAUGAAGAGUGUGACGUGUUUUGGGGUGGUUGUUGUAUAGCUUCUUUUCUCUCUUUAAUGUGGAUAAUCCCCAAUUUUGUAAAUCCAUUUGUCAUUUG